UGGAAAUUGAGUAAGUAACAAGCGGGUAAACUCAAUUAAGAAAGAACUAUAAACAAUUUUACUAUCUUCAGUGGGUUUCUGUACUCGCAAGAAUCAGAUGUUAGCGUUCGAAACUUUUGAACAAUGAUAUUCUGUGUGAUAAUAAACAUUAUAUUUCUGACAAAUUGGCUGUAUUUAUUAUCCAAAUCAAUGUAAGAUUCCUCCAAAGUGCUACAAACAAUUUUUAAGUUCCUGACUUACUUGCUUUGCAAAGAAAAGAAAGGAAGAGUUAUUAGAGCGGAGGUGCAGACACCAAAUAAGAAGAAAAAGCAUAAAAAGAGUACCAAAAGGGCUAAAAAAGCAUAUAAAAUCAUAGGCGAAGGAUAGCUCAUAGGAAAGAAAGUUUCGAGAGAUAUAGCUAUAACUCUAACAAAAUUGAUGCUCAGAAUAGAAUAGCUCACAAGAAAAUCGAGGAAGAUAUGUUUUCCUCAAAAAAAUAACAUUAAAGAUUUUUUGAAGAUAAAUAAUCAAGAAAGUUCGAGUUCAAGUUCAAGACAACAAGUAGAGCAUUUAUCACUCCCUAGUCUGUCUAAAAGCCAACGCUUCUCUUGUUUAAGAAGUAAUCGGAACUUGUUGGAGAUUCCAGAGAUCCCUAAGCAUUAA